GGCCGCGUCCAGGGGCAGUGGGGGAGAGGGCACAAGUGAGAAAGCAGAGGCAGAGGAGAGAGAAAAAAGAGACGGUAGGGAUGUGUGUGAGUGUGCGGUGAUCGGUGGUGCAGGUACAGUCAGAGCCGGAUACAGGUUUUAUAGCCGCACCGGACCGCGGCAAGACCGCCUCGGAGCCUGCCUCUGUUCCUCUUCAUCCCCUCCUAACGACCCUCCGCAAUGUCUGGCGGAGGAGAGGUACGCGUCCUCCGUCAAGAGGCCGGGCAAGAGAGCCCGAGGAUGCCGGCCUGGAAGCGAGAGAUCUUGGAGAGGAGGAAGGCGAAGGGCGGCGGGUCUGGAGGAGCCGGUGCCGCGGAGACGAGCCCCGGCGGUGCGGGCCCGCAGCGGGUUAACGGCGAGAUGACGGGAAAUGUGAACGGCGGCAGCAGCAGCCCCGGCGGCGGCGGCGGCGGCGGACCCAAGAGAGACAGCGGAACGAGCGGCGGGUCCGGGCGGAACUACACCAUCACCACGGCCAACCAGCACUUCGCGAGCAACAAAGAGACACGACCGGUGGCCGCCGAGAGGACGACACCCAGGGAGGACGACAGACAUGAGAGCCUGGUGCUACAGGAAAGCCUGGGCCCGCUGGAGGAGAACCCGUUCAUCAAGCUGGAGAAGGAGCGGAGGAGGCGACAGGACCGAGAAAACGCCGCUCGUCCGGUCCAGCAUAUCCUGGAGCUGUACGGCAGCGUACCCGGUAUACGGACUAUCCGUGCAGAGAAUAUUAUCAUAAUUGAAUCGGACCCAGAUUACUUUCCGGAAGCUGGAGGGGUAAAAACCGGGUCCAAGUGGCAACAAAACGGUGUCAGUAGUUAUAGCUCUCUGAACGACCUCCUGGACCGGAGAGGGAGUGCUGUUACCGAGAUAAGAGCCAAGGAAGUGGUUAUUUAUGACACCACGUUAAGCAAGAGCGAGGAGAACCUGAGCACCCUGGGCCGCCCUGAUCAUGAGGUCCCAUCAUAUGAGACAGGUGAGGGUCAGGGCAGGGUCAGCCGGAUGCUGCAGAAGUUUGACAGCAACUAUGGGAAGCUGCAGAAGAAGUCCCACAGCACAGAGAACCUGCUGGACCUGGAUUGUAGUGCCAGCAGCAGGCCAAGACUCUGGCCCAAGCCACAGCCAGAUCUGGUGCCAAAGCCCAGGCCAGGCCCGUCAGUCAGCAGCCCAAGCAGCAGCCACCCAUCAUCGCCCGUCUUCCAGAGUCCCUGGUCUUCCAAACCAAAGCCACAGCCCGCUGUCUCUGAGCCUGGCAGCCCUCAACGCCCCACCGGGUCCCCACAGUCUGUGUCUUCCUUCCGUCAUCGGUUUGAGGAGAGUGGGGGUCGUGGCGUGGCUGUCGCCCCCAGAGAUGAGCCAGACAGGGGGCUAACCAAGCCCACCAGAGAGAGAGACUGGGAGGGCACUGAGGUGCCACCCAAACCCAAGGUGCCAUGCUCUCCGGAGACCCGUCGUGCCCGUGCCGAGCCCCCCUUGAGCCCCAUCUCAUCCAAGGUGGCACGCUCCUCGCCUGACUUUGAGAUCCGUCCCUCUCCAAAACCAGACCUGGACCGAAUCCCUGAUGGGGACGCCCAGGCACGGGCCCUCGCAAACCUGCGUCUGCAGUCCCGAAACUCCUUCACAGUGAUCCCCAAGCGCCGUCUCGCUGCCUCGUCUGCAACAAGCAGCCCGGCCCCGUCUGGCCCCGUCAAGUCUUCCCCGUCCCACAGAGUGGCAGAGGUGCCCACGCCAGGAGUGCCAACCUCCCACACCCCUACACCCACUCUGACCCCAUCAAAGAGGAAGGAGGAGAAGGAGCAGGAAGAGAAGGAGGUGGAGAGGGUAGUCCAGCCAUCCAAGCCUGAACCAUCUCCUUCUGUUGCCACAAGUCCUGCACCUCCUCCAACCACAGUACCCUUGUCUCCACCUCCCUCCUCUCCACCUGCUCUGUCUUCACCCUCCUCUUCUCCAGCUGUCCCAUCCUCACCCAUUUUCUCUCCACCUGCCCCGUCUCCCGUCGCCUCAGUUUCUCCUGCCCCGUCUCCUGCCCCCUCCACCCCUUCCCCGGCUCCAGAGCAACCUCCCGCGGAUCAGCUGCCAGUCACAAACAUAGACGACAUCGAGGUGGAGCCCCCGCAGCGUGUCCCCGUCCCCAGCCCCAUGGUGCAGAGGAGAAAGGGGAACACCUUCACUGUGGUGCCUAAACGUAGGGUGGAGCCAGAGCCUCAGCCGAGUUCACCUGAGCCCCAGCAGGAAGCCUCGACAGAGGCCCCAGCGGGGUCCACGCCUCCGCAGGCCCCCUACGCUCAGCUGGGCUCCCUGCUGAAGAAGCGCUACCCCGCUGUGGAGGAGAUUGAAGUCAUCGGCGGGUACCUGUCCCUCGCCAAGUCCUGCCUCUCCAAGACAGGCUCCACGGGCAAGAAGCUCAAAAUCUCAUUCAACGAGUCGAGUCUCCAGAGUACGUACGAGUAUCCGUCUGAGAGCAGCGUGUGGGACAGCGGGGAGGAGGACGAGGAGGAGAAACAAGACGGGAAGAUGGCGGACGAACAGCCGAGCAUGGUGGGACGCAUCCACAUCCCACGACCCAGUUUCACCACCUCGCCCACACACAUGAACAACAGCAACGACCUUUCCAGUUACAUUCCCAAGCACUCGGUGGACUUCAGCGCCUGGCAGGAGCACAAACACGAGGAGAGUGUUUACCAGGAAGAAGCCGCUUCCCAGCAGACGCAGAUGACAGAGGAAGUUAUGCUCACACCGGCAGACAGCUCCUCCCUGUCUGACUACAGCAGCGAACCCGCUCUUUACUUCUGAUCAGUCGGACCAAUCAGCUGUACAGUAGCAUUACAGCAUCACACCUGUGGGACCAGACUGCAGCCGGAGCCCAGAGGAAGUCUUUCGCACCUGGGCCCUGACCUGCUUCCAGCUCUCUACACCCCAGCCAUCUCUAAGCACAUCGUCCUGACCAGAAAGGAAACAUGGUGGGGUUUUUUGUGUUUGUUUCUGGGGCUGAUUUCCUGCCACGGUACCACUACACGCCACGUUCUCAACAGCAUAUCACAGCAGAGCAGCUUUUUCACCAGGUGGCUGAUGUUUGACUCCCACCUUCUUUUUGACCCGACGCAACAAAAUCCAAAAGCAGCUGGACUGUCUUUCCCCGCUCUGAUCCUGGACAGUUGAUCUGUCGGCCUCCCUCCCUCUUCCUCCAUUUUUGCGCUAACCAGAAUAUCAAAAUGUCAGAACCUGGGAGAGAUGUUUGUCUGUCUUUCUCUCUGGACUCUGGAAGAAGUCCGCUGGCUUCGCGUGUCUCUCCUGCUUCCAAAUCUGCGUCUCAGCUUCAACUGUUUGCAGGUUUCAGGUGUUUUUUUUUGUUUGUUUGUUUGUUUUGGAGAAAGGAGCGACCAAACUCCUUUAAAAGAACAGGAAGCCGCCAGUGCCCACGUGUAGGUUAUCGCCACAGUGACAAGAGUUCAGUGUUAGCAUGGAAACAUGACAUUAGGACGCUCUCCAGACAUGUAGGACCUGGAGGACAAGUCCGCUUUGCGUACAGCAGUAGAUCGACGGCAGACAAACACACACAAAAAUAAAAAAAUGGUUAAAGGGUGCCACAAUUGUAGUUUUCUGUCUCUGUUUUGUUUUUGUACCUGCAUGUUUUGAUUUCAGCCAACGCCUCUGUUGGUUCUCUUUUACUGUAAAAGCUUCUGUAUGCCUUUUUAGUUUUGUAUGUUUUCUGGCACAAACUAUGCUGUAACGAAGCUGCUGGACGUUUGGUUAGAAGAGUCUUAACGGCAAGCAAACUUCAACACACUUCCCCUUCUUUGCUGACGAGGGAGGAAACAUAUGCAGAAGAUUUCUGUCAAAUCAGUAGCAACUCAAAUGCUUGAAAAAAAAAGUGACCUUGGCCAAUAAUGUCUGUAUGUGCGUAUCGCUGGUGACAAACAAACAUCAUACUGUAGAAUGUUUCUGUAUAUCUUCUUAUCAAAUCUGUGUCACAAAAGCUGUUCGACCUCCUGACACCUUUCUCUGGCUUCUUGUGUAUUUAUUCCUGCUUCAAGUUGAAGUUUGCAUGUCUGAGACCUGUUCAUGUUCAAAAAAACUAAAAAACAAAAAACAUUUUUGUAAAGAAAACUUUGCUGGGAUGGAAGGAACCGGACGGGUCCAACACUGCCCUGUCGGACAUUUUCUUUUGUUUUUGUUUCCAGUCGGACCUCAUGUACUUUCACAUUCCACAUAGAAAGAAGCCGGUCCAUUGAAGUUAACGAAGGCAACAGUGAUUAUGAUCAUUCAUGAUAUGGUGAGUUUGUGAGCGUGAAUGCAAGCUUGUGUGUGUGUGUUUGAGAGACUAUGUAAUGAUUUUUUUAAUUAAGAUUUUUUUAUAUACAAGAAUGCACCAAGUUUCCAGAUGAUUUUUUUUAAACUCAUAAUGCCAACUGAUUAAAGUGUUGCUGUAACGGCCUCACACUCAUUCUUUUACACUCCCAGGAUCAACCCCAAAGGCCAGUAUUGUUGUACAGUUUCCACCAUAUUUUCAUAAAUAUGAAGAUUUAUUUCUGACUUGUUCUUUUUUUUUUUUUAAGUUCUCCAGUCAGAUGAAGUUUGGAGUUUUGCUGUUAGGAGAUUUUUUUUUGUCUUUGAUGAAUUUAGGAAUUAUGUGUUUUGUCUGGAGUCUUGGAUGUUAAGUGUCUUUGCACUGUCAUGCUUUUAGCUUUGUUUUGCACCUCAUGAGAAGGAGCAGAGUAGGCGACAGAGGGAAUGUGCACUUAAAAGAACAAGAAGACUAGCUGAAGAGUUUUGUUUCCAAACAACAGCCUCUAUUCACACCUGUUAUUAUACAAGCAUUGACUCUUCUUGUUAGCAUUUUGGAAUAGAACUCUUCAACUGUUCAUGAUGAAUGCACUGCCGAUGAAUGCCAUGUCCUUUUUUUUUACUCUUUGCCACGGCCUUGCAUCAGAAGUCUUAUGAUUGUCGGCCUUGCUGCUGUGACCACAAACACAACAGUAGUCCACGUGGAGUUUUCCACACCAGGUCCAGGCUUCAUGUUUGUCCUGAAGUUGCUGUUUUUGGCCAGUUCAUCUGAUCUAAGUGCAUAUAUUUUAACAGCACUGCUAAGUAUUUGCAAACCAUGCUAAUGUGUUUUGGGAGUUUGAAUGUAUUUCUCAUAACCACUCCAGGUGUCCAUUAGAUUCUGCUUCAUUUUAGUGAUUUGAAAAUCUACUAGACAACUCAGUUGACUUGUGUAGUCCAUCAUGGCAAGCAUUACAACUCACUGUCACUGCAUUAUAGUGCAGUGGAUGGGUGGAGUAAUUAUGUCUCCAUACUUAAACCACUGAAAACUCUAAACUUUUCUAAACAUAAGCAGCUGAGCAACAGUUUUACAGUGUAAAAACUGGCUAAAUUUGAAAUUAAAUCAGAAUUAUUUCUGUUCUGUCUAGUUGACACUGUGUACACAGUUUAGUCUAAAUAUUAAGUAUCAAUACCCAGCCUUCUAAUGAAGUGCAGACUUUUUGAUUGAUCUGACUUGAUGUUCGCCGUGAUAUCUGAGUAGAAAAAACACAAACCUGCGCAGCAUGCAUUAGGAAAUAUUCAGCAAAAAUGUGAAUUACAUGUGACAUGUAUUUAUGGAGCUGAAGCCUCCAAAUGCAAUGGUGUUCUUUAAGUUUGAAUCGGUCGAUAGAAGGCCCCACCUGGACCUGCUGUGCAGCCGUGGUCACAUGACACACCUGUGGUUCCAUCUGUGGUAACUGCUGCCUUCAAAAACCAAAACCCCAACCCUCUCUGUCCUUCUUGUAAACUGAAAGACAAAAGAGGCAGAAUGAAUUAUGGGAAACUUCACUGAUGUCGUCUUAAUUGACACCAGCAAGAACUUUUCUGAACAAUUUACCGGCACAUAAGAGACACAUCCUCUCACUGCACCGUUUUCCCAUCUGUCUCCUCCUGUUGCGAAGUGAGCAGUUUGUGUUGGUCACACUGUAGCGACUCUGUGGUAGAAGCUCCAUUAUGCCCCCCCCCCCAUUCCCCCUCGUCUGUAAAUCUACAUCGCAGCAGAUGUGCUUACUGUAAAGUUAUCGUCAAUGAUUUGGGCAAGUUAAAAAAAAUAAAAAAUGAAGUGAUGUCAUACUUGUACAAAUGAAAGCUCAAUAAAUAGAAGACUUGAACAAACGGAAA